GAUGCUUCUCAUUCACAAUCGGAAAAUCAGUCCGAGCAUCAAGUUGAAGCCCAGGAAUCGCUCAGUCAUGGUCCCCGUUCCGCACUACGUCAAGUCCGUCGCGCUCAAGAACUCGACGUCUCAUCAGGUGACGGUUGUGGCGACCUUCGGCUCGGACGAGUUUGAGGCUGAGGGCAAGGCCAAGAUCAAGGAGACGUGUGAGUUGGCGCCGGGAGAGGAGAAGACUAUCCAGGAGCGCGAGUACGACAUGGGCGGCUGGACGGCCACGGCCGCGCUUUACUCGCUGGAGGUGGAACACUCGACGAACAGCAACCUGCUUGGCAAGACUCUCUAUACUCCUAGCGUCAGCGGCAUCGUCGACGUGCUCCACGUCGACAUUGGUGCGGACGAAGAAGCCAAAAUCUUCAAGGUCGCGGCUGUGCGCGAGGCCUAAGCUGAUGCAGCAGCGGACUAUUGCUGUCUCUUUGAGGCAACGGAUGCAUAUCUCGACGUCUUUCACUUUGUUCUAAAACAAAACUUCUUUUCUUUUAUGAAAUGGUUUGCAAUUGUUUGGUCGAUCGCCUGGUCUGGUCGUGCCGUGGAUGUGGUAAGCUUGCCCUGCGUGUGCGCCAUAAAUACUUGUGAUUUUUGUCCAAGCUACAGUGUCAGCGAGCGAGACGUCAGCUGGCUAGAUGGUAGGUUCUCAGCUCAGCUAGUGCUUCUUAUCUCCGCUGUCAAAAUCUCUACACAAUCCGAGAGUCAGCGAGGGAGGCGCUCGCUCUGAGUUUCGAGAAAUAACACACUUACACGAUGUGGUUUUCAGACGAGGUAUCAUCGAUCGGUGGUCGUCCAUACAUGACCAUAGACGAGUUGCUCGACACCUUGUAGGCCGGAAGAGGCUGGUUUGUAGCUUCUCCGUCCCUUGUCUCGAUUUCGUCCACCUGUGAGUUGGAAAAGUAUGCGCUACCCGCAUCAGAGCGUGGUGAUAAAGGCGAAGCGGGUGUCCCUGGAGAGUACGGCGCUGCCAAGUAACUCGUGUCCCCGCUUUCUGAUCGUGGCGUAUAUACGACGCCAUUCGCACCAGUAUUAGUCUGCACAGAUCGCUGUCCAGCAAGAUCGACGUGUAGACCGAAUCCCCGCUUCGUGCCACUGUUGCUCCUCCGCUUGCGGUACGAACUGCUGCUGCGUCGACUGCUAUCGCGCUCACGGAUCUCGCCGCUCUGGUUGCUGAGCACCUCCAAGCUGUCGUCCACUUCCGCCUCAAUAGCGGCCAAUUCCUCUUCCUCGCUGCGCACGCUUUCGCCUGACGGACGCGAAUCGCUUGUCUGGUUGACACUGGGCUUCGAAUUGUUCGGCGCUGAGUCAGGAUUGGGUUUUUGUCCACAGCAGCGUUUCCACCAUGGCACACGAACCUACACACAAACACGAUACACGAAGCAAAAAAACACACAAACACAUUGGUCAAUGUCUAUAAAUAAGGGAAUGUGUUCUGGUCUGCUAUGUCCUGCUGCUUUUGCUGCUGGAACUGCAGCUCUCUGUAGCCGAGAUAUCGAGGUGGUUGACAGGAUAUAUACGUACAAUGUUUUGACGCUCCUGAGCGUUUUUCCGCUUGCGUUGACGGACGAUGUAGUCGUAAGUUGUGAUGUUCUCCAUGCCUGUUGCAGAUCAAAUGACAAUAAAAUUGUUAGCUGCC